AUGCGUUGUGUUAGCUGGCUGCUGCUGGGGACCUCGCUGCUGGUUUUGGGUCCAGCAGUCACAGGCGCCCCGGGGCAAUGUCCCAACCUCUGUCAUUGCCACGGCGACCUCCUCCACGUCAUCUGCUUCGACGUGGGGCUGAAGAAGAUCCCGAGGGUCUCCGAUGCCACACGCUUGCUCAACCUGCAGAGGAACAGCCUGGGAGACAUUCCCACCGGGGCGUUCAGUGAGAGCAAAGGCUUGAUUUCUCUGCAUAUGCAAAACUGCCAGCUCAAAGAGAUCGGCUCCCAGGCGUUCAAAGGCCUCACCAAGCUGAUUUAUCUGUAUCUGUCCAACAACGAGAUCACGUCCAUCAAACCAGGCGCGUUCGAAGACCUCACAGAACUGACAUAUCUGUAUCUAGACGGAAACCAGAUCACAGAGUUGUCAAAAGGGAUUUUCGCGCCCAUGAUUAACCUGUUCAUAUUGCAGCUGAACAACAACAGGCUCAGAGAACUGCGUCCCGGGACUUUCACAGGAGCCAAAGACCUGCGCUGGCUGCACAUGGCCAACAACACUCUGACCACGCUGCAGCCUGGGUCCAUGGAUGAAGUGGAGAACCUGGCGAUCCUGCACCUGGAUGGGAACAGGAUGGCGACUUAUCCCAUCGCGGCCAUGAGCAAGCUGAGAGUGGUGGAGGAGCUCACCCUGGGCCGCAACCUCAUGAGGACAAUCCCGGACCUGGCCUUUCAGAGCUUUGGACGCUACAUGGAGAGACUGCACCUGGAUAAUAUGGGUCUGGAGAGGGGGAAGUCUGCACCACUCUGUCCAGACCCGGUCCUAAUUCUGCCUUUCAUCUGGUUCCAGUUCUCAGACGGAGCGUUCACGGGGGUCACGGCCAUCAAGUCCCUUCACCUGGACAACAACCGACUCAAGACUCUCCCAAAAAGCCUGGAGUACGGGACACUGACCAAUCUGACCCUGACCAACAACCCAUGGACCUGCACCUGCUCGCUCGCUCCACUCAGGAGGUGGAUGGACUCGAGCCGCAUCCGCCCCGAGGCCCUGUGUGCCUCCCCCGCUCUGCAGAGGGGCAGACAGGUCCGGGACAGCCCUGUGUUCAGCGGCUGCAAAGUCAAACAGAAGAGAACCAAGAAGGGCACGCGCCAAUAA